AUGGCGGUAGACGACCACGUCGCAACACCCCCAGCACUUGAGAACGCCAGAAUAAAGGACUUACCCUCAACUGCCUAUUACAUUUCCAACUUUAUCACCGAGGAAGAAGAACGAAUUAUUCUCAGCAAAAUCGCUGCAGCACCGAAGCCUAGAUGGAAGCAACUGACCCAUCGCAGACUGCAGACAUGGCCAUCUGAACUCGUCCAGAAUAGACUCCUCGAGUCUCCUCUUCCGUCGUGGCUCGAAGACCCAGUUGUACCCCGACUUUUGUCCCUAUCCUCCGCUGGCAGAUCCGACCUCGACCUCAUGCCCAAUACCGACUCUGCCGCCCACACCACCGCUGACGAUGUGCUGGAACAUGUCUUUGCUGGCAGUCCUCAUGAACGGCCGAAUCACGUACUCAUCAACGAAUAUCCGCCUGGUGAUGGCGCUGCGUAUUGGCCUGUUGUGUGUACCGUCAGUCUUGGAGCUAGCCUCUGCCUGGAUUUGCAUCAGAGCAAAGAAGAUGGUGCUUUAGAUCCGGUUCCCACAUGGAGAAUUCUCCAGGAACCCCGUAGCCUACUCAUCACAACUGACAAGUUGUACACAGAGUAUUUGCACGGCAUCGCAGACAUUGAAGAAGACAUGAACCUGUCCGAAGACACCAUUGUAAACUGGUCACUACUCCGAGACCGCCAGCAAUUUGCCGACGGACGCAAUAUACGCCAGACUCGAACCAGUUUGACGUAUCGAGACGUCUUGAAGGUGUCAAAGAUUGGGAACAGGCUCAGCAUGUUCUCUACGCGGUAG